AUGCAAGAUAAAGUUAAAAUUCUCAUGCUCGGUGAAAGAAGUGUCGGAAAAUCCUCUCUCUUAAAUCGCUAUAUCGAUGACAAGUUUUACGACACCAUUCAAGCCACUCUCGGAGUCGAAUACAAAUAAAAAGUGAUUACUAAUGGCGAAUCGUAACUUACUGUUUAAGUAUGGGAUACUGCAGGCUAAGAGAGAUUCAGAUACAUCGCUCCUAUUUAUUAUCGAAAUGCUCAAGGGGUUCCCAUGGUCUAUAGCGUCGUCGAUCGAGAUUCGUUCAAUCAAGUGCAAACCUGGAUGGACUAUCUCAAGGAUCAGGUCGAUAAUCAACUGAUAUCCAUUAUUCUGGUUGCCAAUAAAUGUGAUCUUGAAAACAGACAUGUCUCCACAUCUGAAGGUUAAGAAUUGGCAUAACUCUACUCAGUCAGAUAUUUUGAAUGCUCAGCCAAAACAGGAGCCCAAGUCAAAGAAAUGUAUUCAGAAUUAAUUUAAUAAAUUCUCUCUAAAAGAAUACAAAAUAAUGAAGAAUCCCAAAGACUCAGAAAUUUCCCUCAAGAUUAAGUAGAUAAUACAUAACCAUAAAAGUGCUGUUGA